UUUACGUCUUUUCCUGUGCCCGGUUGUAGCCUCUGAUUCAAAUUAAAGUAACGGUUGCAGAUGUGGUGUAUUAAUUACUUUUAGAAACAACAACUCGUAAGAUAAAAAACAAGGAUAUGGACAAAAAUAUCUGUAACGAUUUGAAGGGAAUUAUUGAAACUGUUGUACGACAGCACAAAAAUGAAGAAAUUGCUAAUGCAGAACUCACUGCUGAUAUUUUGUCUAAACUAAAUAUUAGCAUCAAUAAACUGCCCCCAAAGUCAUUGAAGAUCCUCCAAGACUGUGUAAAAUACAGAGAUUUAAGUUUAGACCCAAUGUCAAUUUCUUUAUUGGAAACAAAGGUAAUUGCUGAAAAAUUCCAAGAUGAAUAUGAAAUUUUAAAGUUAAAUCAAAUGAAUGCAAGGCUACAAAUGAAAAUAGACCGAAAUAACAAGUUUAUUGAAGGUUUAAAGAAAGAAUUACUAUCUUCAAAGCAGUCACUGAUGCAGCAAAACCCAAACCCUGAGAAUAUCCAUGAGAGUAUUCGACAGGUGAAGCAGAAAUUAGUGGUUUAUGAACAAAGCUGUGAAAAGGCUAAGAUAAACUUCUCAAAUCUCAACGUUAAUGAAGUCAUCUUGCCGAAAUCCUUGAUGUCAUUGGUGACGUCACUGGCCGCUUUACGUGAAGAGGCAGUUAAACUAAAACGCGACGCUGAUGAUGUACUCUUUAUAAAACAAGCGGUUUCCAAUAUGAAAAUGAUUCGCUGACAAUUGUUUAUGAUUUGUUUAUAUGAAUAUAUCCGACAUAUUUUGACAUGCCACAAAAAAGAAUCAAAUCAAUAAUCAAAACAAUACAAACGUAGAUAGCAAGUUCCAAUAUGUAAAAAACAAUGUCUUGAUAGUUCCUACAGCUCGAAUUCAGCUGAACAUGCAUGACGUCAAUUUAAAAUAUCAUAAUCCUUGUAUUAGCUUCUGAUGUUUUUUGAAUGUAGUGAGGAACGUGUCGGUAAUUGUAUUGCCAUAAUUAUAGGGGCUACGGAACUCCACGAGUCGGUGAAGUCGAUCUCUAGUAUACACUACACUAAAUUGGCCUAUAAGUAGCUUUACAUCCGUACUAAUAUUAUGAAAUAUGUGUAUUUUUGUAUGUUUGUAACAAAUAAAGUCAAAAUAAUAUGAUGAAAUAUUUAAGAAAUGUCCUGCAAAGCCGGGUCGGGCCGGCCGCCAGUGAGUCACAAUAAGGCAGUUCUAUUUAAGUGUAAAAGCUAUUCAUUGUGUUGAAUAAAAUAAAAAAAACUA